GAGGCUGGUAUAAAGCUCUGAGCUGCUAGCUCUCACCCAGAACCACUUUGAGCAUUUGUCAAGCACUAGCAUGCCCUAAAGGAUCAGCCUGCAGCAUAGCCGUCUAUUUAUAGAACUCACUCAGCCCAGAGAGGACAAAGAGCCAAGCACUUUUCACUUGUGGACAUUCACAAACCGACCAGCGAAAGAGGAGCAAACCGACCCACUUUACACCAUGGACGUUCAGAGAUCAGGCUCCAUCGUGAGGCCUCCCAGCCCCAUGGACAGUCUGGAGAAGCAGCUGAGCUGCCCCAUCUGCCUGGACAUGUUCACCAAACCUGUGGUCAUCCUGCCCUGCCAACACAACCUGUGCCGAAGUUGCGCCAGCGACCUGUACGACUCCCGAAACCCCUACCGCUUCUCCGGAGGAGUCUUCAGAUGCCCUACCUGCCGUUUCGAGGUGGUGCUGGACAGACACGGAGUGCACGGCCUUCAGAGAAACCUUCUGGUGGAAAAUAUCAUCGACAUCUACAAACAGCAGCAGGAAGGCAAUGGCAGCGGAAACACAGAAACCAACCUGAAGCCCAAAGAGUCUAAAGAGGUGAUGUGUCAAGAGCAUGAAGACGAAAAGAUCAACAUCUACUGCGUGACCUGCCAGGUACCCACUUGCUCCAUGUGUAAGGUGUUUGGGCAGCAUAAGGACUGUGAGGUGGCCCCCUUAGCUUCCAUCUACCAGACCCAGAAGGGAGAGCUGAGCAACGCCAUCGACACACUGGUGGCCAGUAAUGCACGCCUGCAGGCCCUACUGAACCAGAUGGACGAGGCGUGUCGCGUAGUGCAGGACAACGCCCAACGCGCCAAACAGAGCCUGGCAGAACGCUUUGACCUUCUGUACGCUGUUCUGGAGGACAGGAAGGCCGUGCUGCUGGAGCAGAUCAGUAAAGAGCAAGACGAGAAAGUGUCUGCGCUGAGGGCUCUGGCCCAGAGGUACGGAGAGAGGCUACAGGCCAGUACUGAGCUGACCGACUCCGCUGUGAGGGCUCUGGAGCAGAGCAGUGCUGCAGAGUUCCUGGUGGCCUCCAAGAAGCUCAUUUCACAGACCAAAGACACAGCCAAGAGCUCCCUGGGAGAGGACAGGCCCGAGCCCGGCUUUGAGAAGAUGGACCACUUCACCCUCUCUACAGAACGUGUGGAGGCUGUGCUGGCCAGGAUGGACUUUGGAGCUGAGGAUGACGAGUUUGAGGAUGCAGAGGAAGAGGAAGAGGAGGAGUAAUGAAAAAGAGCAAUGAAAAACUUGAAUUAUAGAGAUGGACUUAAGUUAUGGACAAUAUUUGAAUGUUUAUUUGAAGGUUUGUUACAGAAGUGUUUAUGGCAGGGACAUUUUGCAUUUGAGGAAUAAUCAAGUUCCAGAGGAUUCGAGCCACUGGAUCGUGCUCCCUCUGUUAGUGCAAUAUUUAAGUUAAGUGUUAUAGUCUGACACUUUCUUAAUUUUUUAUACUUUUGUACUUGUGUCAAAGCUGCUGUGUGAUAAAGAUAGGGCUAGCUAAAUGUUUGCAAUAAAUGUCUGCACAUGUUUAUAUGUGGACCUCCAAAGGAGGCUGCAUUUUUCACUGUUGAUUGUAGUUUUUUUUAUGAAAUUGAAACUGUCAUGAACGAGGAAUAAAGACGCAUUAAAAGGUAA